GUUUGAUUAGACCUGAGAGCACUGGGUAAGUGACCACAAGAGAACCAUGAAGCAUCACUGCACUCUUAAACAUGACAUUUUUAAAGAGUUCUUGGCGGAGUUUCUUGGGACAUUUGUGCUGGUGGUGUUUGGCUGUGGCUCUGUAGCUCAGACAGUCCUAAGCAGGAAUACUCUGGGUGAGCCACUCACUAUCCACCUCGGCUUCACCACCGGACUCAUGAUGGGUGUCUAUAUCGCUGGUGGGGUUUCAGGGGGUCAUUUGAACCCAGCUGUGUCUCUGGCCAUGGUCAUACUGGGUAAACUGAAGAUCUGGAAAUUUCCAAUUUACGUCAUUGCACAGCUCCUGGGAGCCUUUGCUGGAGCUGCUGGAGUGUUUGGACUGUAUUAUGAUGCGUUUAUGGAGUUUACUAGUGGAAUUCUGUCAGUAACAGGCAUUAAUGCCACUGGACACAUUUUUGCCUCUUACCCUGGACGACAUCUCACAAUACUUGGAGGGUUUGUGGAUCAGGUGAUUGGAACAGGUAUGCUGGUGCUGUGCAUCCUGGCCAUAACCGAUAGCAGGAAUAUUGGAGCUCCUAAAGGAGUGGAGCCUCUGGCCAUUGGCUUGAUCAUCUUGGGCAUCAGCGUGUCCAUGGGCAUGAACUGUGGAUACCCACUGAACCCUGCCAGAGACCUUGGUCCCCGACUCUUCACUGCUAUGGCUGGUUGGGGCGUGGAGGUGUUCAGCACUGCAGAUCACUGGUGGUGGAUCCCGGUGUUCGGGCCUUUGAUAGGAGGCAUCACCGGAGCUGUAGUGUACUUCCUCUUGAUUGAGCUGCACCACUCCGACCCAUCAGAGAAAUCCCAGCAAAAAACUGAGGAAGAGGAGGAUGAAGAAGAGGAUGAGGACAGCAGCCUGAGGGACAAAUAUGAAAUGAUAACUAUGGGCUAAACAGAUAAUCAUUGACUAUGAAUGAAUCAAAAAUGCUUACAAAUUAAGAAGAAUCGUAUUCAUGUGCUCCAGCUGGCCCAGUAUAGACUCUCGACUCUCACUUUAGCUCUCAGGCUUUCAUUUGUUUGUUGUCAGGAAGUGGUGCAGGAUUAAAGUGAGUAGCCUACUAUUUAACGGAUUAUAUCUUUGUACAUCUUUACAUGAAUCCUGCUGCUUUUUUUCUGCUUCUACAUUUGUUAUGAGCUCAAGCUCUCACGAGAAUAAAAAAAAAAAAAACUCCUUUACGGUAUAAUAUCAUUCCCAAGUAAACUGAAAAAAAAAAGAUGACAAAAACGUAUUUUUCCAGACCAAAAAUGUAUUAAACCUAGACAGAUAAGGUCAUUGUAGUGGAAGUAUUAGGUGGUUUACUUAUUAUUUCUACUUUUUCAUAGUUUACGGAUUUCAGUUUUUUUUUUAAGUUUUGUCUUUUCAAAUGAAUAUAGAGUAGUUCGUAGUAGCUUAGCCAUUAAAAGUUAAUAAAAAUAGGAAAUAUCUUAUUUGAUUGUAGUAUAAAAUGCUGCAUAGUGACAAAAAAAAUUGUCAAAGUGAUCCCUGUUUCUGUUUAUUACAUGCCCUUAAUCAGCA